ACAUUUGUUUUUUUACCGGAUGAGAAAUUCUUGUUCUUCUUUGGGUAACCUUGUUUUUUUGUUUCCUAGGCAAAGGUUAUACCAUUUUAUGAACAAUUAUCUAUGAAAUGUUAACCACCAUUCUAUGUUUACGUUUAUAGUGAGUUUUGUAGUCUGUGUUUCACAUUCCUUGUUCAAUAAAACUUCUCCAAUUUUCCAUUUUCAAAAUGCGCCGUUCCACAAGAAGGAAAAAGCCAUUGGCUAUUGUCAAUGAUGAAGAUGAGGAUAUAGCAGAAGAAAUAUCGGCAGUAGAACAAAACAAAAAAAUGGGGGACGCUCAAGAUUCAUCAAGCGACAGUGAUAUUGAGAACUAUCUGCAGCCAGUUGACAAACUAGAUCUAGAUUCCUCAUUUUUUCAAAUUCAAAAAUCGCCAGAGAUCCAAUCAUUUGAAUCCAUCGAAAAAGAUAUAUUCGCCGGUACGAAUAGACUAAGCGAUAUGGAUUCAGAUGAAAGUGAUCCAGAACAAGAGCCAACGCCCACAACUUCCAAACUUAAUUUUGAUCAAUUGCACAGUUAUACAAAUAAAUUGGACCAAAUGAAGCAAGCUAUUCAAAACUAUAAAACAAAGCAAAAAGUAGCAGAUGCAAAAGCAAAACCACAUUCGGAUAAUAUAUCAGAUUUAUUAGCCCUCGGUGAAAUGCAAGUCGAUAAUCCAACUGAUAAUCACUCGCUACAUUCGAGCGAUUUUCACUCUUGUUCGGAAGUAGAAGACAACGAUUGGGAAGAGGUUGAAGAUAAGCUAACCAAACCAUCUACCUCGCUAGUAAAGGAUGGAAUACAAAUUACGGUUUCGUUGCCAGAUACAAUGAAGAAGAAAAAAGGAGUCGACUUACUUGCAUCACUAAAAAGGCGUUUGAACCGCAUAAAAAAAGAGCAUCAAGUAUUGAUUCAUAAAGUACACCUAUUGUGUUGGAUUGCUCAUGGGAAUUAUAUAAAUAAGAAUCUAAAUAGUGAAACUAUACUUGGUUUGGCGUUGUCUCUCAUCCCAUCUCAACAUUGUUAUCCCCCCGACCGGACAGAUUUAACAUAUUUAGAACAAAUUUUAAAUUGGUACAAUAAAGUGAUGGAUCUUUCCGAAAAAUUAGUUUCAAAGCAAUGGUCAUUGGAGAAGGUGUUAACAUUGCAGUUGACACGUAGACAGGCAUACAAUAAGAAAAUGUUUACAUAUAUCUUUAUAUGCAUACUACGUGCACUUGGCAUACAAUGCAGGCUGGUACUGUCUUUUCAAGUGUUACCACUUCGACCAUUAAGCAAUGAGCUUCAUUCUUUAAGUACCAAAGCAAAUAAUAAAAAUGAAGUGAAAACGGAUCACAAAACUACUAGCAAAAUAUCAGAAAAAAAUGAACCCAAACAAGACACUACACGAAAGAAGAACUCAAAAGAACAGAUCGAAAAGAAAACCACUGAAAACAAAAAAGCUAAAUCAGAUAAAGUAGAGAAGGUUGGUAGUGGGAAUAGUACGAAACAAAGCACAGAGAAAACAAGUACCAGUAAGUUACCAUCAAGCACCACACAAAGGGGAAAAACGAACCCCAAACAGUCUAAAAGGCAGUUGGCCCAACUGGAUGGUGCAAAUGAUAGCAGUGAGGCCGAGAAGUCCACCAAACCCAACUUAAAAAACCUAUCUAAGGAAAGCAAGAGACAAUGCCCCAAAAAUCACCCCAAACGUCUGAAGAAAACACCGAACUAUAGAGAAACACAUUCUUCGAGUUCGGAAGAAGAGCGCGAGGAAAAAACGCAACGUCUGAUAAAUUUACAAAAUCUGAAGGAUAAACUGAAACCCAGAUCCAAAGCGUCAAAGUCCAGUGACGUAAAGAAUGAAAUUGUUUCUAUAGUAAAGACGCGAAUUAAGAAGGAAAAAGAGGCGAGUCGAUCUAAGCUCGCUAAAAGUCGCCAGUCGAAAGGAAAGUCGGAGGAAGAUAGCGAUUACGCACCGGAUCCCAUUCACAAAAAGUACGACAGCGACGAUGAUUUUCAGCAAGACAAAGUCAAAGUGAAGAAACGCAUCGAGGUUAAACGGAAUCAGCCAGAGUCGGAAAACGCGACGAAAGGUAUGGAUGUGUGGGUGGAAGUUUAUUUAGAAGCUGAAGAGAAGUGGAUCAGCGUCGAUGUUGGAAAAAACCAAGUUCACUGUGUGAAUCAGUUAUACUCACGUGCUUCUCACCCUGUUUCCUAUGUAAUUGCAUGGAAUAAUAACAACUCCAUUAAAGAUAUAACGCAGCGUUACUGUACAAAUUGGAACACAACCACUCGUCUGCUGAGAGUUGACGCAAAGUGGUGGAGUGCCACUUUGAAACCGUACACGGGAGUAAAAACCGCAAGAGAUAAAGAGGAAGAUGAGGAAUUAGCGCAGUUACAGCUUGAUAAACCGCUACCGUCCACAAUUUCAGAGUACAAAAAUCACCCGCUGUACGUGCUCAAACGCCAUCUGCUUAAAUUCGAAGCAUUAUACCCUCCCGAUCUUCCACCGGUGGGUUUCAUCCGGAACGAACCUGUCUACCCGCGCGAAUGUGUGCAUGUUUUGCAUUCACGCGAGAUCUGGAUGAAGGAAGCGAAACAAGUGAAACCCGCUCAGCAACCUUACAAGAUUGUUAAGGCAAGACCAAAGUACGAUAAGCUUUCUGGUAAGGUAAUUACGGAUCUUCCUCUCGAAGUGUUCGGCAUUUGGCAAGUUGAGGAUUACAUUCCCCCCACUGCUGAGAAUGGUGUUGUUCCACGAAACGCCUAUGGAAACGUCGAGUUGUUUAAGCCGUGCAUGUUACCUAAAGGCACCGUGCACUUACAGUUGGCGGGCUUAAAUAAAGUGGCUAGGAAAAUGGGAAUCGAUUGUGUUCCUGCAGUGGUAGGAUUUGACUUUCAUUCCGGAUGGAACCAUCCGACUUAUGAUGGAUUUGUUGUAUGUGAAGAACAAUCCGAAGCUUUAGUUGCUGCUUGGUUUCAGGAUCAAGAAGAGCAAGAGAAGAAAGAGCUUGAAAAGAUUGAAAAACGGGUAUACGGAAAUUGGAGGAAGUUAAUUAAGGGUUUACUAAUUAGAGAAAGAUUAAAAAAACGGUACGAUUACGGGGAACCUUCAUCACAAGGCGAUAGUAAAGGGAAAAAACGAAAGCAAAAGGCUGCAAAAUUUGUAACAAAAAAACGACGUAUUUGCAGUAAUUCAGAGUCAGAUUAAAAAUGGUAUUAUUGAUUUUUAUGUUUGUCUUUUUAAGUAUUUUCUGAAUAAAAUCAUGUUUUAUUAU